AUGGCUCAAGCUUUUUACAUGAUCACGAUAUUAUGUUCUGCUGUAACUAUCUAUAUACUGACAUUGUUUAUUUUACUACGGGACACUCCAAUUGUAAAAGCCAAUAACCGGACUGUGAGCUUCAUUCUUCUUAUCUCCAUUCUGCUGAGCUUCCUCUGUGUCUUCUUGUUCCUCAGUCGUCCUGUGGAUAUAACCUGUCAAUUGAGACAAAUAUCAUUUGGGUUUUUCUUCUCUAUUGCUGUCUCUUGUGUUCUGGCCAAGACUAUUACAGUCUGCAUUGCUUUCAAAGCCUCCAAACCUGGAAGCUGCUGGAAGAAGUGGGUGGGCGAGAAGAUUUCUAAUUCUGUUGUCAUAAUCUGCUCCUCUGUCCAAGUUCUGAUCUGUGUUAUUUGGUUGUCAGUGUCUCCUCCCUACCAAGAGAAUGACAUGCAUUCUUUUCCUGGGAAGAUCAUCAUUCAGUGUAAUGAAGGGUCAGUUAUCGGGUUCUACUCUGUGUUGGGGUAUAUGGGGAUUCUGGCAUCAGUGAGCUUUGUUCUGGCUUUCAUGGUGAGGACAUUACCGGACAGUUUCAAUGAGGCCAAGUACAUCACCUUCAGCAUGCUGGUGUUCUGCAGUGUCUGGAUUGCCAUGAUUCCGGCCUAUCUGAGCACCAGAGGGAAAUACACAGUGGCUGUGGAGAUUUUUGCUAUACUAGCUUCCAGUACUGGAUUACUGGGCUGCAUAUUUUUUCCUAAAUGUUACAUUAUUAUUAUAAAACCUGAAAAAAAUUCCAGAAAACAUAUUUUUGAUAAAUCCAAAUCAUAA